CAUUUCCUCAUUCAGAAUAUCUGGAAUAUUUUUGAAAAUUUGAAAUUAAAACCAAAGAACUUUUUUUUAACUCUCCCACAUAGUAACACGUUUGCAUAAAAUGGGAGGGAGUAUCCGAAUUUCAAGUAUAAAUGGUGGCAAAAGCUCAACUGCCAAACGAACAUAGUUAUGAUCCUCAAUCCUCAUCACACAAACAUUCCCUCCAACUAAUUCAUACGCUUGUUUUUACACAAAUUAAAGUGAGUGCGUAUAGAUGUGAUUGGAAUGUGAAUCUCUUAUUGAUCAAAUAUUUAUAAUAAUAAUGGGGAUUUUACGUUCAAUUCUGAGGCAUCCUGAAGAUAUUUAUCCAUUGAUGAAACUGAAGAUAGCGGCACAAUAUGCGGAGAAGCAGAUCCCUUCACAGCCACAUUGGGCCUUCAGUUAUACCAUGCUUCACAAGGUCUCUCGUAGUUUUUCCCUUGUAAUUCAACAGCUUCCCGUUGAGCUUCGCGACGCCGUAUGCAUUUUCUAUUUGGUUCUGCGAGCGCUUGCCACUGUUGAGGAUGAUACAAGUGUAGCAACAGAGGUGAAAGUACCUAUUUUGAUGUCCUUCCAUCGCCAUCUUUAUGAUCGUGAAUGGCAUUUUUCAUGCGGUACUAAGGAUUACAAGGUUCUUAUGGAUCAAUUCUGCCAUGUUUCAACCGCAUUUCUGGAGCUAGGGAGACAAUACAAGGAGGCAAUCGAGGACAUUACCAUGAGGAUGGGUGCAGGAAUGGCAAAAUUUAUAUACAAGGAGGUUGAAACAAUUGAUGAUUAUGAUGAAUAUUGUCACCAUGUAGCUGGGAUCGUUGGAUUAGGCUUGUCAAAACUUUUGUGUGCCUCUGGUAAAGAAGAUAUCACUAGAGAUUAUCUGGAAGACAUAAAUGAAGUACCCAAGUGUCGUAUGUUUUGGCCUCGUCAGAUUUGGAGUAAAUACGUUAACAAGCUCGAGGACUUGAAGUAUGAGGAGAACUCCAUCAAGGCAGUGCAAUGUCUGAAUGAAAUGGUCACUAAUGCUUUAUCACAUGUAGAAGAUUGUUUGAAUUACAUAUCUACACUGCGCGAUCCUGCUAUCUUUCGUUUCUGUGCUAUUCCACAGGUCAUGGCAAUUGGGACCCUGGCAAAGUGCUACAAUAAUAUUGAAGUCUUCAGAGGAGUUGUAAAAAUUAGACGUGGACUCACUGCUAAGGUUAUUGACCGGACCAGGACCAAGGCAGAUGUAUAUGGUGCUUUCUUCGACUUCUCUUGUAUUCUGAAAUCCAAGGUGGAGUAUAAAGAACCAAACGCGGCAAAAACUUUGAAGAGGCUUGAAGUAAUCUUGAGAACUUGCAAAGACUCGGGAACCUUGAACAAAAGGCAAUCUUAUGUAAUCCAGAGUGGACCUAAUUACAAUUCAGCUUUGGUUGUUGUCCUUGUUGUCAUAGUGGCUAUCCUUCUAGGAUACCGAUCUGGAAACCGGCAUUAGACCAUGUGUAUGUAUUAUAUUAACCACAUCAUAGGCAAAAUGCCAAAUAUUUAGAUGCAUUCCAUUCUUACAUGAUACAGAGUUUUUCCUAUUAUGCACCGUGAUUUUAACCAACUUGUUUGGGAUUGAGGUAUUGCUUUUGUAUGCAUCUAUGACUUUAGAGACCAUACUAUCUAACCUUCUAUUAAUAAACUAUGUGAUGAUCAUAGAGUACCUAAUUUUCUCUGAUAUUUUCUUGUGCUUAUUGAUUCGUAUAGGUUCGUGACCUCUUUAGGAUUGGUAAGGUAAAAUUGUUCCCCUUGUACUUAUUUGCGUUGAGGUUUUAAAUUUAUUAUUAUUAAAAGGCCUCUAGACACUCUGUCUAGUGGUAUAAGUUUGAAAAAAAAAAAGCCUUCUAUUAAUAAGCGCCUGAAUCAUGUUAUGGCGUAUUUUGCUAGACUUUUACACCUAUGAAAGAAAAUCAUGUUAUGAGCUUCGUUUGUGAACCGGGAGGUUAAUUCCUUUCUCUUUUUUCAUAUGUUUAUGUUGGAUUGUUUUGGUUAACUUGAUAAAACCCUCCAUAUACCACCCAAGCUAGACAUAACUCACACCUAGUAAAACUUCUUUAGAUCAAAACUUCCAAGUAAAUCAUGGAGGACUUUCAUGUUUCAGAGUUCAAUGAAACAAUAAGUUUCUGUAAACAAAUUGUAAAUUAAAAAUACAGCAAUGUGGUUUCUUAGAUUAAAAACUAGCACACCGUGCAGAAAAAUGAUGGCUUUAGAUCGUGAUUUUGUUUUAACUUAACUAUGUUUACAAGUCAUCUGAGGAGACGUGGGGUAGUCGAUCGCACUGAGGAAAUAAGUGUUUGCUAUAUAUUUUCCUUAUUUUUCGUUGCAAGACCGAUGCUAGAUGAAGGUUUGGUAAAACAAGAUGGUGCAAGCUGUACGUUGGCCAAGUAUGUGAUAGUUGUGGACUGUGGCAUCUGUAACUAUG